AUGAUGACAAAUUAUAAUAAUAAUAAUAAUGUUAUUUUAUUUAUAACAAUGAUGACGUUGGUGGUCGCGACGACUACAAUUACAAUGACAUUAGCAACAUCAGUCACACCUCCAGAAUAUCAUAUUGGUUACCAGGUACAUAGUUGGAAUGAUUUGGAUGAAUGGCAACAGAUGUAUAGGAAGGGUACUCAAUGGAAUAAGAUUGAUUUACAUUAUAUGGAUGCAGAGUUCUGUCGCUCACAAGAUAUCGAUAAUGAUCUGGGCUGCUUUGUGCUCAGCCACGACAUGCCCUCGAGUACAACACGUUACAACACAUCCACCGACGUCAUCAACUUUAUCAGCGCCAAUGCCGACGCCUGGUACAGCCAGUCAGCCAUCAAGAAAUACAUGGCACUCUGCUUCAAGCUCGACGUUGUUGACGUGUGCGACAACUCGUCCACCUCGCAGAACUACAUCGCCCUGGUCACCCAACUCGUCGACCAGUUCGUCUCGACCAUCUCCUCGCACAACCUCAAUCUUGAGGUCAUCCUCGAUGGCUCGGGCGCACCAGUUGGCGCGUGCUUGGCCGGUCUCUGGCAGCCACUCGUCUCCACUUGGAUCAGGAGUCCACACGAGGCUCUAUACUCGGACAACCCCGCACUUGGCUACGAUCGCUUCCAAGUGAUGGACCUGCCAAUCGAGCCCAUCGUGCCAGCAUUUUACUUGGACCUCAUGUGUUUGGAGUCGCCGCCAUACGGCAAGUUCAGCGCAGACAAUGCAACCUACCCAGUGCUCGUAUGGGAGCCAUCGACACAGGCCAUCAUCGAGUCGGUGGCCUCGUCCUACAUCUCAUGCCAACACCGCCAUCCACAGCGCACAUUCUCUCCAAUGCGCUAUGCCACCAACAUCGAUCCAGCCCAGUUGCUGGUGUAUCUCGCGGGCCAGUCAAGCACAUACUCAUGGAAUGCACGACUCAACAGCGAGUCGCCAUCAGCCAAGAAGCAUCUGGGCGCAUCUACCAACUUCUUCAAGCCAUUGGUGGCCGUGGCAACAGUCGAUCGCAUGACCUACACAUUCGCCAUCUUUACCAACGACACCAACAACUAUUAUUACCAUCUACUCGCCUCCAACGGUGAGUUUGGUCAAUUGAAUGAGAUGGGCAUCUUCAUGCUUGGCGGCCACGAGGCCAUGAGCACACUGGUCUCUGUAAACGUUAUCUACAAUCAAUCAUCCGGUGCUCAACUAUUCACCUACGACAUCAAUGGAGCCUACAUGAUAUACUCGAUCACACAGGACCCGGUCCAAUUGUUGCCAGUCGUGUCUGGUCAGCUGGAAGUUGAGACCAGUGGCCAACCAAUAAUCUCCUCGACCAUCAACAUCCUUGGUGCCGUGAACAAUGCUGGAUCAUCAUCAUACAUCGAGUUGGUGCAGUACUAUGCCAUGCCAACCUGCCAUCUGGGCGUCUAUGUAUGGGCCAUCGACCUGACCCAAUCCAACAGCUCCAAGACCAUCAGCUCGCCUGGAUGUCUGUAUCCAAACACUCCAUCAUUCACCGUUGCCAAUCUCACGGCAGUCAGCGCCAACAACUCCAGCUCCUCGUGUGCUUACGACGCGCUGGUAUUCUACUCCUCAGGGGACAGCCAGGAGAUUGGUGGUUUUGCCCUUUGUUUCGAUCAGAACCUCUUUGCCACACUCGUAGCCGGCCCAACUGUGCUGGGCGUUGGUGCCAAUCCUCAGGCAUCCAUCGUCAACUUCCAAGGCAACGACCAUGUGAUGUUAGUCAACGAUCAAGGUUAUUGCUUCAACACCGAAACCAGGAACAAGCGUCCAUACCCCAGGGUAUGCGAGUCGCAAGCCCUCGCCGUCUCUGGCUCCCGUGCACUCAACUACAACUAUGGACUACUUAGUGACUAUCUCCAGCAUGUUCACCAAAACGUGGCAUUCUCUCCAUGCAGUGAGAUCGUGUUGCAUGGUGCCUAUGACCAGGGUAGCUUCCCAUCCAUUGCAAUAUUCCAAACAGUUGAUGCCACUGGUAACUCAACAAUUGGUGUGAUAGAACUACAUCAAGGAGUUCCAGCCGACUUUGUUGAUACCGCCGCCUGUGGUGCACCGACUACGCACGCUGACCUCGUCAUUGACAGCUGGCCAAUCUAUCCAUCACUUCUCAAGGCAUAUCUC